GCCGCCUAACGGGUGACCUGGCAGUACCUACUCGAAAAAUACACCCGUAGCACCUAAGCAUCCGAGCAUACAUCAUAAAGCGAGCUAAACUCAUUGGAAGCAUCGUAACAUAGAGCUAAACUCGCAAUUAAGUUCUCAUCUCCCUGCCGAUUUGCUUUCCGCGAGCCAAUUACGUAUUUCCAUUGGACAAUGUCGAAAUCUGCGCUCGUAUUUGGCGCCACAGGCAUAACCGGUUGGUCUUUCAUUAACGAGAUCCUAUCCGACUAUCCCAUAAAGGGCGCCUGGAAGCGCGCUCACGCUCUCUCGAACCGUCCAAUUACCCUCUCACAAGCACAAUGGCCAGAAGAUCCUCGCCUCAACAUUGUCACUGGUAUCGACCUGCUCGCCCAUAGCCAAGAGAGUCUUGAGAAAGGAUUGGUAGAGAAAAUCCCCGAUGUUGCAGAAGUAACCCACGUAUACUAUGUCGCGUAUAAAGCGGGGUUGGAUUUUAAGAAAGAAAUGGAUGAGGCAGUGGAAAUGUUCUCGAAAGCAGUCAGAGCCGUUGACAAGCUAUGUCCAGCUCUUGAAUUUGUUGUGUUGCAGGUUGGAACAAAGAUCUAUGGCGUCCAUCUCCGCUCUAGUCUCUCUUGGUACGGGCCCACGGAUGCGGCUCCUGCUCUUCUCUCACCUCCCUUCUCCGAAUCAGCCCCACGUAUACCCCGUCCGUAUGCCGAUGAUUUGUUCUACCACGCGCAGAUCGAUUUUAUCACUGAAUAUGCAAAAGAUAAAAAAUGGAGCUUCAUUGAAACCAGACCAGAUUUUAUCAUCGGAUUUGUGCCAAACGAGAAUUACUACUCUAUUGCUACUUCGGUAGGAUUUUUUCUCAGCUUAUGGAAGGAAGUUCAUGGCGAGGGAGCGGAGUGCUCGUUCCCUGGCUCAAGAGGCACCUGGAAGGCCCUGAGUAAUGACUCGAGCAGUGAUAUGAUUGCACGUCAAACAAUUCAUCUUACGCUCUCUCCUUUUACCCCGAAGGGUGCUGCUUAUAACGUCGCAGACUCCAGGACGCCAUCCAACUGGGAAGUCAAGUGGCCAAUUCUCUGCUCCUACUUCGGUCUCAAGGGUACGGAGCCUCUUCCAGAACCCAUUGACCUGCGCAAGUUUAUCAACGACAACAUGGAUACCUGGCUGGCGACGGAAAAGAAACACGGGCUGCAAAGCGGACACAUUGAUAGUGGCCGCGGAAUGCGGAUCGCCGAGUAUUACAUCAUGAACAAGUUCGAUUACGAUAGGCAAUUAGAUUUGACAAAGAUCUAUAGUACGGGUUUUACGGAGGAGAGGACCCUGAAAGAAACGUGGUGGACGGUAUUUGACAGGAUGCGCAAGGCAAAGUUGAUUCCGUAGGAACUUGUUAUCGGAGGUACCAGUGUAGCUAAAUCGAAUAUUUCAGUUACACUGUACCGCGUAGCAUAGCCAAUACUGAAUAACUGGACAGAUCAAAGGUUUUAGAACAUACAAAAUUCAAUGAUAUUUAAUGGCUCAA